UUGUGUCCGUCCUACUACUAAUUACUGACUUGAGGGAUACUGGGACACUUCUUCUCCUCCUCCUCACUGAUGAGCUGGUUUGGAAACGGACCCAUUUCGAACGUGACAUCUCAUUCCAACUAUUUUUUUCCCCCAAUUUGCAUGGACUUCAGGGCGGUGAGAUGCAUCUUUACUCACUUGUGUCACUGCUGUUUCUGAGUUUGGGGGCUUUGGUAAAAUGUGCUGCUGCAAGUGAUUGGUGCUACUCGGGCUGUUAUCACAGCCCGGGUCAGUGGGCCGACCUCGGCCAUCCCUGCGGAGGAAAGAGGCAGUCUCCUAUUGACAUCGUCACCGCCGAAGUUAAGACUGACCCUCACCUGCUUAACUUUACCUUCGUCAACUUCUCCUCUCCACGCGUCAUCAAGUCCAUCGUAAACGACGGCCAAACAGUGAAAUGCGUGUUGGAGAACAAUGAAGUCGAAGUGAGUGAAGGUGGACUCAAUGGAACAUAUUCUGCACUUGAGCUUCACUUUCGGUGGGGGGAUGAUGAGCACCAUCCAGGGUCGGAGCACACGGUGGACGGGCACAGAUAUCCCAUGGAGAUGCACGUAGUCAGUCCGAAGAAAGGCUUCUCCGUGCAGAACGCCGCCAACGAUUCGGAGGGAAUUGCUAUCCUGGCCUUUUUCAUAAAUGCCAACGACAACGAAGAGACGUUGGGACCGUGGAGCGAGCUCACAGCCUACCUGACAAACGACAACGGCACAGUUGCUAUGAACCAUAACAUUUCUAUCGACGACCUGAUCGGAAAUGUAGACCCCACCAAGUUCUAUCGGUACAUGGGCUCCCUGACCAUCCCCGAUUGCAGUGAAUCCGUUGUUUGGACAGUCUUUCAGGAUCCGAUAAACGUCCACACAAGUCUAGUUGAGCGGUUUCCCGCGAAGACGGGACUCACCGAUGUCCAUCGGACAACACAAGCGCUUAACGGACGAAGCGUGUUCGCCUCCCCCGCUGUUUCACCACCCGGUCAUUCAUGGUGCCACGAGGAAGAAGCCUGCCAGUACGGCCCGUCUCUCUGGCACACGAUGCCGCACUCGUACUGCGGCGCCGAGCGCCAAUCACCCGUCGACAUCGAGGCGCAGGCCGCCGUCCCGGACGAGAGCCUCGGCGCCUUCUCUUUUACAAAUUUUGACGACAAAAAUGCCAUCAUGUACAUCGUGAACACGGGCCACUCAGUGAAGUGUGUGCUGAAAGAUGACACGGUGGAGGUCUCAGGCGGAGGUUUGCAAUACAACUACUCCACCCUUCAGUUCCACUUCCACUGGGGCUCAAGAGAUACCAACGGCUCGGAGCACAAAGUGGAUUCAAAGAGAUACCCGAUGGAGAUGCACAUAGUGAAUAAGAGGAAGGAUUUGACCCUGGAUGAGGCACUAGAGACUCCAAACGGUCUGGCCGUGCUGGGAUUCUUUAUUGAGCCAAAGGCCGGCGACAUCACGAGUUCAGAACAGACAAACGCCACGUCCGAUAUGGAGGUUUGGAGAAAACUAACCAGCUACGUAUCAGCUGUGGAAAACAUCAGCUCGGACUUCAUGGAUGAGAUCUCCAUCGACGACUUGCUCGGGGACGUUAACCGAGUGGAAUACUACCGCUACGCCGGCUCCCUGACCACCCCUUCGUGUAAUGAAGCGGUGGCUUGGACGGUCUUCAAAGAGUCCGUCAAGGUGGACAAAGACCUGAUGAUGCUGUUUCCAGCUAAUACAAAUUACAGCAGCGUGUUUCGGCCUACGCAGCCUCUCCACGACAGGAUAGUCUACACCACCGCAGCAGCGUCCAACGCCGCCGACCCCGCCGACCCCGCCGCGCCGCUGCUGCUGCUGCUGCUGCUCACGUGUCUCUGUGCCUGUUCACGCAGCGUACGCUUGUGAGCGACGAAGAGCCCACAGCACCUGCUGUGAAGACGUACAAUGCGUCCGUCAGCGCUGUUUGCCGUCGGCUCGAUGCAUGUGAGAGAAUGACCUCAGGCGUCAUUCGGGAUUUUCUUCAACAUUCAUUUUGAGAAGGCAGCUGUGUAAUCUUAUAAGCACGGUCACAUCCGUAGAGCUGAUCGGAAUGUGGCAGGUACUCCUUGAUUUAAUCUUACCCUGAUUUUCUUUGCGCAAAAUUAGCAAGUGAACCUAAACCAACAAUAAUUAAUACAAGACUAUUGUCUAUUAUGCUAAACCAAUAAUCACCACUGCACAGACGCUGCAAAAUGACAAAAUAUAUAUUAUAUAUUGUUCUAAUGAGCUUGAAUAAGUGGGUAAAUAAAUUGUUGAACAGAUAA